UGUUUGUUUUCUACAAGUAGAAAGGCGAAGAAGAAAACUUAUUCUACUCUGCAGUAAACAAAUCUUUCCAUUCUGAGACCGGAGGUAAAACAAGAUUACAACCUCCUGUAUAAUGAACUCUCUUUCGGAUUAAAGCUUCCUCGCUGAGCGAACGAAACAUCACUUCAUCUCCCGGGACCCACUAUGCACGGCCCAGUGGACCAGUAGUGGGCCAAUAUGGCGGCCGAACUCAUCCCCUCCAAGAACAAGUUGUCUCCUUCUCCCCCCGCCUCCUCCUCCCCCAACAGAAACCAGCAGCAGAACCGGACUGACCACAGCAGCUCCCCCACGGGACAGGGCCCUCACUGGCAGGGCCUCUACCCCACCAUCAGAGAGAGGAACUCUGUGAUGUUUAACAAUGAGGUGAUGGCCGACGUCUUCUUCCUGGUCGGGCCCCCGGGGAGCACCCAGCGGGUCCCGGGUCACAAGUACGUUCUGGCGGUGGGCAGCUCCGUGUUCCACGCCAUGUUCUACGGCGAGCUGGCCGAGGACCAGGGAGAGAUCCGCAUCCCCGACGUCGAGCCGCCGUCCUUCCUGGCCAUGUUGAAGUACAUCUACUGCGACGAGAUCCAGCUGUGCGCCGACACGGUGCUGGCCACGCUGUACGCCGCCAAGAAGUACAUGGUGCCCCACCUGGCGAGGGCCUGCGUGUCCUUCCUGGAGGGCAGCCUGAGCGCCCGCAGCGCCUGCGUGCUGCUGUCCCAGAGCUGCCUGUUCGAGGAGCCCGAGCUCACGCUGCGCUGCUGGGAGGUGAUCGACGCGCAGGCCGAGCUGGCGCUGCGCUCCGAGGGCUUCUGCGACAUCGACGCCCGCACGCUGGAGAGCAUCCUGCGGCGGGAGACGCUCAACGCCAAGGAGCUGACGGUGUUCGAGGCGGCUCUGGGCUGGGCCGAGGCCGAGUGCCAGCGGCGGGACCUGGACCCCAGCGCCGAGAACCGCCGGCUGGUCCUGGGGAAGGCCGUCUACCUGCUGCGCCUUCCCAGCAUGCCCCUGGACGACUUCGCCAACGGGCCGGCGCAGUCGGGCCUGCUGACGCUGGGCGAGACCAACGAGCUCUUCCUGUGGUUCACGGCGCUCAACAAGCCCGAGCUGCUGUUCUGCAGCGCGCCCCGCCCGGGCCUCCCCGCCCAGCGCUGCCACCGCUUCCAGUCCUGCGCCUACCGCAGCAAUCAGUGGCGCUACCGCGGCCGCUGCGACAGCAUCCAGUUCGCCGUGGACAAGCGCGUCUUCGUGGCGGGCUUCGGGCUGUACGGCUCCAGCUGCGGCUCGGCCGAGUACGGCGCCCGGAUCGAGCUCAAGCGGCAGGGCGCCACCGUGGGCCACAACGUCGUCAAGUACUUCUCCGACGGCUCCAGCACCACCUUCCCCGUGUGGUUCGAGUACCCGGUGCAGGUGGAGCCGGACGCCUUCUACACGGCCAGCGUGGUCCUGGACGGCAACGAGCUCAGCUACUUCGGCCAGGAGGGCGUGACGGAGGUGCAGAGCGGCAAGGUCACCUUCCAGUUCCAGUGCUCCUCGGACAGUACCAACGGAACCGGGGUCCAGGGGGGGCAGAUCCCCGAGCUGGUCUUCUAUGCCUGAGGAUGGUCUCAACUAGAAGGGGGGGGGGGGGGGGGUCUGGGGACCCGAGUGUAAACUCUAAAGCACUGCCUUAAUAACACUAUUAGCCUUAUUCCACACCUGAGUUCUCAUGUCCACAUUGACACUUGACUGGACUACAUUCCAGAGGUUCCUAAAGGAGGGGCCACAUGACAGAUGGGGCUUAAACCCAUCAAGGUUGCUGCUCAUUUUGAUAUUCAGGAUCAAAUCCUUUUUUUUUAGCAGUUAUUAUUGUGUUUGAAUUUGAACAUUUGAAGGGAGUGAAGCAAAGCAUAAUUCCUCUUAGAGUUGUUGGUGCCAUGUUCUCACCACUAGUUCAUCAAAACGGUCCUUUACAAACUACAGUUCCUGAUCCGUUUGAUCUUAGGUUGGUCGUGCUGAUACCCAGUGUGAUGUGUUUCCCAGUGGCUGUGUGGGUACUGCAUGGUGAUUGGUGCGUGGCUGGGAGGGGUUGGCUGGCUGCAGCGUUGAAAAUAAAGGAAAUAUUUAUCUA